UUUUCCGAAAGAUUUCCGCCGGGACAAUGGCGAGGCGCAGCUGUCCGCGAGUAAAGGGGUAACGUGAACUUCUGAAGCGAAGCGCAAGCUGCAGGCCAAAAUUGAGAGCAGGAGACCGCACUGAUGGUUUUUUAAGGGCGGCUCCCCUGCGGCACCCUGCGUGCCCCUCUUGUAGAGGAGAGGACCCGGGAAGACGGGUCGCGGUGGCACGCAGGAGAAACUUUUAGUUUAGCAUAAAUCACACUUGGGUAAUAGCGUUUUGAAGCCGUCUCUUUUGCCUCAGCAUGUUUUCUGCCUCUCUUGUGCGAGCGAGGCAGUGCGGCGAAAAGCUGCAGGUCUCCUCGGGGAAGUGGCUGCUGCCAGCCUCAGGAAGGGUGCUCUCGGCGACCUGGUGCCUGAGGUGGAGGCACCAGCCCCCCCGCAGGGAGCCUGCCCUGCGCCCUUUUGGAUUUUUGCAGGAUGCAAAACAAAAUAUCUGGACGCAAGCAGGGGGUCUGAGAGCUGGAAAAUCUGGCGGUAAUAGCAAACAGGUGUCAGUGCAAAGGGAUCAAAAACAAGAAACCCUUCUGUCGGCUGCUCAGAAAGUGAAAGAAGCUGGAAGAGACUUCACCUAUUUUGUAGUGGUGCUCGUUGGAAUUGGUGUUACAGGUGGUUUGUUCUAUGUGAUUUUUAAAGAACUAUUCUCUUCUUCCAGUCCAAGUAAGAUCUAUGGAGAUGCCUUGGAGAAAUGCAGAUCUCACCCUGAGAUAAUUGCUGUUUUUGGUGAACCCAUUAAAGGUUAUGGGGAGGCAACACGACGAGGAAGACGACAGCUUGUCAGUCACAUUGAAUACAUAAAGGAUGGACUGAAACAUAUGCGUCUGAAGUUCUAUAUUGAAGGCUCAGAACCAGGAAAGCAGGGAACAGUCCAUGUGGAGGUCAAAGAGAAUCCUGAGAGAGGAAGAUUUGAGGUCCGCUACAUAUUUGUGGAUGUUGACACUUUUCCUAGAAGAACCAUUGUCAUCGAAGACAACAGAUAGCCAAAGAUCAAAGUUGAUGAAAGUUGCUGUCUCAUCUGCCUGAGUAUCGAACGAUGCAUAGCCUGCGUACACGUGAACUGUGUGGUAUUCUCAAUUUUACCUUGAAGCAUUGGGGUUGUGCUACAGGAAGUACUCUCUCAGGGUCUCCAUUAAGGUCUUUCCUAAUAACAGAUACAGGACUUAAGGUGAAGGAAAUGAAAAAUAGAGCCAUCAGUUAUGGCAACUACUUCUGACAUAGGAAAAUAAUGGCACAUAAGGAACUGUUCAAUGCAGGCUAAUACUUCUACACACCUGAAAACUAAACCAUCCAAGGUAAGAGGUCUGGGGAGGUUUUUGUCUUCCUUUGCUUGGAUUUUCCACUAGCCUGCAAUAAAGAAAGUGAUACUGAAACUAUAGACAAACUCACUGUUUGCAUACUGGAUGCCUUUGCGUGGAUAAGAAGGUAAAAUACGAACAUGUGUUAGUGGUGUGAUGGUGGUCUAGCCCAGAUGCAUCCAAGAGUAUGAACUGUGGAGACCCUAGCAAGUGACAAGAGAUAAAGAAUGUUCAAUAUUAGUAUCUUCUAAAUAAAUUAACAGUACACAUGUACUAUCUACUCCUUCCAGGGUUUGCCGCUCUACUCCACUAACUGGGACAGAAUGGUGUAGCUGCUCUCCACAGUCCGCAGUUUUUCCAUUAACUCUUAACUCAUCUACAUCUUCCAGGAAUUAGAUUCAUAUAGUUUUACCCAAAUGCAAAAGCUCAACUCAAGACUAAAUUUAUUACCUGGGUUUCUUAAUUAGUUUAACAUGGCAGACAGCAAACAUAACCCUUUGUAUUAAUCAGACAGACUCAGUGGUAUCCACCUGUCAAGCAGUACCAUCCAAAAAGUUUCAAACUUUAACUUCUUUCUUGGCAACCAUUUUCUUAAACACAAACUAAUGCAUUAUCCCGUUAUCUCCCAUAUGUCAUGGGUUUUUUAGUUCACUAGUUUUUUAUCCCUGCAUUAAGCAUAUGCUGAAGUUCGGUUAUCAGCCCUUCUUACCAGUUCAUAGUGCUUUUGCACAGUUUUAAACUGCAUGUAGUAUUUCCUCGUACAAUACUACAAAUAUCAUUAACAGACCUUUAGCAAUGCUUUGCUUGACUCUAGCCAUCCUGGUCUUUUGCCUCAUAUGUAACUGCUUAUCAGUGUCUCCAUUAUCUCAUUUGCAUUGCAAAAUCAUUAGACGUAAUACUUCUUUAGACUUGGAUAGCUUUGCUUUAUAUUAACCACUACAACCUUAGCUUCAGUCAGACACUCGUAUUGUCCAAGAGUACUCAGUGAAGAGGAAUUGCAUUCUUCCCAGUUCUAUAAGCACAGUAGAGAAGAGUAGCAUACAUAGAGCAGAGCAGCUGCCAAUGUUAAUCUGAAUGAUUAACUGCAAGGUAUUCUGGAACUUCUACAUUGUAUAUAAUAUAAUUGACUUGUUAUAGUCAGGCCAAAGGGAUUUUAUGAAGGUUCUAAAAUCAAGACUGACCAAAGUGAUUUCACGUUCAUCAAUUUCAGCAGAGUGAUAGAUUUACCUGAUUUCUUUUAUGCCUUAAUGGAUGCAUGUCAAGGCUAGCAAGCCUACAAUUCUAACCAUAGUCAAAAGCUAUGAAAGUGAAGGUUUGUACUCUAAUCUGUGGCUCCCUACUGUUAAGUAUGGGAAAUCACUGUGGUACGUGAUGUAUCACCAUGAAGUAACUUUGAUAAGCUUAUAUUUUUACCUACAGUGAUUGACAUCAUAUCAUGCCAGUCCGGAAGGGUAUCUUUAAAGAAUGAAAAGAGUUGAUUCCAAGCAUUCAUGUCAUUUUCUUGAAACCCGAAGAAUCAGUAACAGUACGUUUUGAUGCCACUUAGGACUUCCUACUUCUUAGCAUUACACUGCCAAAACUUUUGUUUCAGAUGUAAUUUUCAAACUAAUCUGAUGCUUCAUUACACAGUUCAAAAUAGAAAAGCAGGGGGCCUCACUGUUUCAUUAAAAGCUACUGCAUUACUGAUUGGUAGUAUUACAUACCACGAUUUGCUGCCCACGUUUAUGUCCCGUUACUAAGUAUAUGUCAUAUACCAUGGCAGUUACUGGAAACCUUCUCUGCAAGAGAUCAUGAAUA